GCAUGGGAAAUGUAGUUCACGUGUACAAACGUAGUCGAGAUGCAAAAAAAUCGUUGUGAGCGUAUAUUGAAUAUUACUGAUUAGAUUUUUACAUUAUGAUAUUUUUUUUAACUCUUUUUUUCUUAUACCUAAUUUAGACUAUUUAGGGAAAAUGUAUCACUGUUGUUUCGUCGUUGCCUAGAAACACAGGCGCCAAGAACAACCUUCAUUGUAAACAAGUUGCAGUGCCAGUGUUGCAUCUCGAGAAGUAAUUUAUAUCAACAGACAAAUCUACAAAAAAGACUCACAAUCACGGUGGAAUGGAAAAGAUACACAUCGACAAACAUGCAACCAAUGCAGUGGAGGCCUAUUUGGAAUACAAAAGGAUUGUUGGGGAAGAUGAUGGAGGGAGGCUGUUUUCAGAGGAAGAGUACAAGAAAUACAAAGAGACAGUGGUGCCAAGAAGAAUACAAAACCGUCUAUAUGUCAGUUUUGGGGUUCCGGGACAGAUAGACUGCAAACUCAUUGGACCAGAGACACCUUGCUUCUGUACACACAGGUAUAAACAACAUUGCACAGACUUUGAGGAGUUGGCAAAGGAAAGGCCUAUACUCUUGCCUUGUAGGGUCAAAGGUUGUCAGUGUGUGUCCUAUGAAUACGUUCAAAUCAACGGCUCUAAACCAGUACACUGUCAAUGCAAACACACAACCAGUGAACACAGUGAAGCAAUACCCCAUCAGUGCAAAAAAUGCACUCACUGCACUGGCUAUCGAAGUCCAUUCACCUGUGGAUGUGGUCAGCCUGGAUAUGCCCAUGUGACGCUGGUUGAAACCAGGGAAGAGCGCAUGGCAAGGGGGCGUCCAGUGGGCAGAGCUGUUCCAUAUGCGGCUAUGGGAGGUUUAACUGGGUUCAGCUCACUGGUGGAUGGCUACCUGAGACUGGAUCCAAGUGGUGUAGGCAAUACAUGUAAACAGCACACAGAAUAGGCUAUGUGUCACCUGAUAGUGGUGCCACAACAAACAUAACGUUAGCAUUAGGUUAGCACACACCUUUAGAGUUAACAUUAUGUUUAAUUAUGUUAAGUUUUAUGCUUUCUGCUUAGCCUGAGUGAGAAUUCUUAAUAUUUGUCUAGUGGUAUAUUGCUUAAUCACAGCAAAUAUUUUUUACAGUGUAUAUUUAUUAAUCAUAACAUUAAUAUAAAUGUAUUUAUAGUAUUUGCAUACUGUAUUAUAUAAUAAUAUUAACAUUAAUAAAAAAAAAUAAAAAAAAUAAACUCAUACUGAUAUUAAGAUUAAUAAUUUAAAAUAAUCAAACCUAAUUAAGACACAUUAAAAAUACAUAAAAUCAAGAAAUUUUCCUCAACGUUUUUUAUUUUACUUUUAAUUCUAGUUAAUUCUCAAUGCUUCAUAAUUUAAUUUUCAAUAAAUACAUUUAAUAAAUAACUGUAAUAAUUUAAUACAUUUAAUAAUCUUUUUAUUUACUAUUUUUAUUUAGUUAAUUGUCAAUGCUUCAUGCCCCAACAAAAAUACAUAUUUAUUAAAAAAUACUCAUGUGAUUCAAGUAUCUGACAGAAUAAAUAUUUUGGGUCAAAAUGUAUAUUAAUAUAAAUGGAAUUUAAAAAGGUACAUAUUAUGCCUGUAACUUUUUACCAUUUCUUUUUAAUAACCCUUUUUAUUGGACAAUUUUUAAUUAUCCUUUUUAAAUUUCGCUUACAGUGUAAAAAUAUAUAUGUUUAAAUUGAUUUAAAUUGGUGAAAUUACUGAUAUAGUUUCCAGUUUUGGCCAGCAGAGGUCAGUAGUGAUACACAUGCCUCUGCUUCACUUCACCAGCAUUGACUUGACUGUGUGAGAGAGAUGUGUCUUUGUUUUGAAUGAAUUGGCUUUAAAUUGCUCUUCUCUACUUGCUAAUGUUCAGAACAAUAAUAGCAAUUAAAGGACGUAAUUAAAAGAGUGUUUGUGCUCUAUCUAUGAGACACAGAGGGCUGCGUGCUCUGUGAACUCUGCAGGCUCUGUGGCUCGCAUUCAAUCGCUUUCUGUUCAAGAAGCAGAAAGAAAGAAACAAUUUCACCCCUAAUCAUUGGUACAGUUCCACUAGAAUGGUUUGCUGUAUGUGCUGGGCAUGACUAGGUCUGUCUUCCACCGUGUGUGUGUGUGUUUUGAAUCUCAGAAUAUGUUUGAAUGUGCUGCUCUGUUUUUGUAUUUGUGAAUGUUUCAUGACUCAUCCUAAGCUUCUCAAGAUUCCAUUAGAUCGGAUUCGUUACGACUUCCUCUUUAUAUGUUCAUACACUCUUCCUCUGUUCUGAUAUGCAUCUUCACUCAAUUGCUCUCGAGAACAUCUGCCUGUCUCAUGAAAUGCACAAAUGCGAGUGUGUGUGACCUGCGAGACUUGCCUUUGGUGACGUCGGUGAUGAAAAAGAGACCAAACACAGACUCUACUCAUUACCACACUUGAAAUAAAACUCGCGGCUCAUUGGUGGAUGUUUCAUUGCCACCAACACUCUGAAAAUACCUCGCUGAUUUAUUUAGAAGUCUCUUUUGUACUGCCGCUCUUUGCCUGGUCCUCUAUUUAUAUUAAGCCUCAUUUAGAUGGUAUUAUAUUAUGCACCCUGCGCCUCUCUACCUCUUCAAUGAUAUCUUUAAUUCGUUCCCUCUCUUUUGUCCCCCUCCUCCAAAUCCCUCAGCUCCAAAUCUUUAGUUACACAGGAAUCAGUUAAAGACACUGAGAGCAGGAGAAAACAUAGUAUGAAUUGGGUGUAAGUUCACUGGUUGGCCGAUGUUCACGGCAAUGUUAAACAUUCACGAAUGGUUCUGCAAAAGGAUAAUUCACCCUGCGAAAGAAAAAAAAAACAUAAUUUACUCACCCUCAGUCAGUUGUUCCAAACUACAUGAUUUUAUUUCUUCUAUCAAACCGCAGAAGAAGUUUCAUACAAUGAUGAAAGUAACCAAGAGUUUUGGUGAAUAACUGCUUAAAUUUGAGACACAAAUGGCUUCAGAAGGUUCAUGGGCUACUUUUAUCAUUGUUUAAUGAUGAACUGUGUCCUUUCAGGAGCUUGACAGUCUCUGGCCACUAUUCAUUUCCUCUGCGUGGAAGAGAGCAUUGUGAACAUUUUUCAAAAUAUCCUAUUUGUCUUCUAUGGAAGAAGGAAAGUCAUACUCGAUAGGAAUGACAUCCCAACAUUAAUAAUUAUCCUAAUUAUAUGUUUCUUUAAUGAUUUUGGUAACAAUUUAUUUUAAGGACCAAUUAGUUGCUUAGUAGCAUGCAUAUUAUAGCAGACUGGCUGUUUAUUAGUACUUAGAAAACACAUAUUAAUGCCAUAUUCUGCAUAACCAUAUUUUAGGUUCUUAAUCCUACCCAAUACCUGAACUUGACAACUGCCUUACUAACUAUUAAUAAGCAGCAAAUUAGGAGUUUAUGGGCAAAAGUUGUAGUUAAUGGUUAGUUAAUAGUAAGAAUUUGUCCCCAAACUAAAGUGUGACCAUGAUAUUAGUAGUAUAAUUAGAUUUUGAUGUAGAACCCUUUAUUAUGCUCAGUGUGUUCAAUUACAGAUCCCUAAAAGCAGGGUUCCAAGAACCCUAAUCUGGUUCAUUUAGAAACAUUUGUCAUUGGAAGCUUAAGUUUAAAUGAAUAAACCUACAGGGAAGUCUAAUUGUAUAUUUAAAUUGAUGAGAUAUGUUUAAUAUUAAGUAGUCCAGCUCAUAAAAUCCCUUGAGUGUUUCUUGAUACUUGCUUAAAAGUAAUUUUAUCAUUUAGAUUGCCACUUUGGCCACAAGCCAGGCCCUGUGGCCGCUUGGCUGCAUGCUUUCAAAUAAUGCAUUUAAAGUUAGAUGAACUCAAAACAAGUGAUUUGUUGGUGGGAGGACUGCUUGAUUAAAUACACCAAUGCAAACACACUCGCAAACACAUAAAUGCAGUGAGUGUUGUGAUAAUGUGAUAAGUCUACAAUAAUGAAACUCUUGCUUUGUCCUGUUUCCGUCUAGAUACUUCUUUAAUUUAAAAAAAGAAUGAAAGAAGGAAUUGAAAAGGCUCUUUGAACUCAUUAAAAAUGCAUCACAAGAAAAAUGAGAAGGAACAGUUUAUUAACAAAAUAUAAAUUUACCAUCCGGAGGUUUUGAAUGACAACGUAUGGAAAAUCAGGACAGGAUUACAUAUAAAGGAGCUGGUGUAAAUGUUUAAUUAAUCUGAUUAGAUUCAGCAGAUCUGCGGCACUAAAGUGAUUCACAUUGAAAUCAGAUUAAUUCCCUUCCUUGCGAUACAGCACAUGAAUUUUAAUUCUGAGCUGAAAUGAGCAAGUAAUCGCAGUAGUGAUUAAGUCAACCGUACACUAUCGUGACAUUUUUUUUAGAAUAACCCAGGUUUGUCAGAGCAGAGAUCACGAAGUGCUGUGAUUCAGAUUAUUGAUGUGGCUUUAUUUGUCUGUGACACACUUUGUCUCCUUUUUGACCCAAGCAGGUGUUCAUGGGAAGUGUUAAACAUGCAAACAAUCUACAAACACACACCUGUGUCCAAAGAGAACACCGGAGUAAGCUAGCGGAAGGGAUGAUGUCUGACCUGAAAGGUGACAUAUCGGUUUAGUGUGAGUGUUUGAUGAUGGUGCAUAUGUGUGUGUGUGUGUGUGUGUGUGUGUUGAUAUCAACCCCGAUGCCUAACUUCACAGAUCCUUUGGUGUCAUAAUGCCUUCAAUAAGCCAUCGCUGUGUUAAUUAUGUUCUCCCAAUGACGUUAAUCUAAAGACACGAUGCAAUGAAAUCACUUCACAAAUUCUCCACCAGUGGAAACCAUUAAAAACUGCAAGGAGAACGGAAAACAAGUCUAAUCUCCUUGCCAUGGAAACCUUUCUGAGGUCUUUAGAGCAACUGAUGUACUGCUAUCGGAGUCACCAGGGUGCCGUGAUUGACAGGCGUUUGGGGAGGAACAGAAGAGAGUAGAAAAUAUUCACCCCUUAUGUUAGCUUAUGGCUCAGAUUCGUCAUGCGAAGCAGCUGUCAAUCAAUAACAUAUAUUCAAAAAGUGUGAUACUACAUUAGUUUUACUCAAACUGCAAACUUUCUAUACGAAGUCAGGAACUGUCCAGCAAACUAUGAAUCACAGGCACUUCUUGAUUCUGUUCAGACUUUAUUAAUAGUCUGUUUAUAUUACACUGAAUUGCAUUGAAGCCUCGUAAAGUGUCGCCUCUUCUCCGUCUCGCGUAAGCCUGACAGAUUGCCGCACAAUUGUCAGUCUAUGUUGUGUGAUGUUGAAAAGAACAACAUCAAUUACCUUAAAUCAAAGCAGUGAGACCUAAAAGUGCGUCAAGACAAUUGCUUUUUCAAUUUCUUUGUUAAAAAGCUUGAAAAUCGACGCUGGAACUGCGUUGUGGCCGUGACUCGAGGUGCUUCUGCUCCUCUCCAAUCCUUUAUUCUGCUCAGUUGUGCUUUGAAGGAUUGAAAAAGGAAGAUGAGGAGUGAGGGAGCAGAGAUGAAGACUGGGGGACUGGUGGCGUUAUUUAUUCAAGCCAAGCAUAUGAGUGUGAAG